CUAGAUCAUAGCACUCGUCUGUCUCCUCUCAGGACCCGUCCGCCGAACCCAUAAUUCCCCGCGCCGAGACAAGAUGGAGGAGAAUAGCAGCUGCAGGAGAACAAUGUUUGGGCUAUAAAGACUCAACGGAAAGAGUAAGAGGAAAAAAUAUAAAGAGAGCUAGCUAGCAGCGGUCAUGUUCUGGACGUUUCCCGUUGGCCCCAGUUAGUUUUCCUGCCCGAAGAUCACCAUGAGUAUUAUUCAAGAUAAGCUAGGCAACGAGUUCCUGCGCAACGGCGGCAUGGAGCCCAACUUCGCGCCGGGCAUGAUCAUGUUCAGCCACCUGCCGCCCGUCACCAGCUUCACGCGCAUCGCCGCCCAGUCCGUCAUGCAGGACCUGCCCCUGCCGCACGAGGUGGUCCUCAAGAAGGAGCGCGACUCGCCCGACCACGCCGGCAACUUCGUCCACGCCAUGGGCAUCAAGCAGGAGAAGGUGACGGAGCACGACUACCGCAUGCCCCUGUACGGGGGCGGGCCGGGCAAGAGCACGGAUCUGCUGGAGAUGUCGCUCGGCAACCACCAGAGCCUCCUGGUGCACGACCUCAGCCUGAGCAACCUUUCCGGCAGGUUGGUGAAAGAGCCGAAGGAGGCCUCGGGGCGACGGGGGCGGAGAUCGAAUGGUGACGGACAGGAGGGGAAGCCCAGAAGGAAGCGUGGGGAGUCCUCAAAGUCCCUGAUGCUGGACGGCGACGCAGGGAACCUUUCUCCCAGCUCCAAGCCGCACAUCUGCGAGCACUGCAACGCAGCCUUCCGCAGCUCCUACCACCUGCGCAGACACGUGCUCAUCCACACAGAUGGCACAGGUGAGAGGCCUUUCAGGUGCAGUCAGUGUAACAUGAGCUUCAUCCAGAAGUACCUUCUGCAACGGCAUGAGAAGAUCCACAGCGGGGAGAAGCCCUUCAGCUGUGACCAGUGUAACAUGCGGUUCAUUCAGAAGUACCAUAUGGAGAGGCACAAGAGGACCCACAGUGGAGAAAAGCCAUACAAAUGUGACACCUGCCAACAGUAUUUUUCCAGGACAGACCGAUUACUGAAGCACAAAAGAACCUGUGGAGAAGCCAUAAAGAAAGGACUGGAUCCGGGGAUGUUGGACCAGGGCGGAGAGAUGGGACAGGGCAGCUACGCAAUCACUCAGGGAAACGCGAAUGCUUCCGGGCGCAAGAGGGGCAAGUCCAAAAACGCGGGCGAGGGCGGCGAGCGCAAAAAGAAGAAGGCCGCGGAGGCGACGAUGGCGGGUGGCCUGAGCCUGCAGGACUACGCGGUGGACAUGCCUUCCGCCUCGUCCAACAGCGGCCUCCCCUGCCCCGGCAUGCACGUCCAGCAGGGCCGCGCCCCCAAGCUCGUGUUCAAGAAGGCCGGCCGCAAGGGCGACAAGGGCGGCCUCUCCCUCGGCGACGGCCCCGGCGGCCUCCACGGGCAGAAGAUGCUGCAGCAGAAGGCCAGUCCCCUCGACCUGGUUGGAGGACCGGGCAUGGACAGCAUGGGGCUGCUGCAGGGCCCCGGGGCCAAGCAGGGUCCCACCAGCAGCAACUACGACGACGCCAUGCAGUUCCUGAAGAAGCGGCGGUACCUGCACGCGGUCAACAGCGGCGGCGACUACGGGGCCCCCGCCGUGCACAUGCCCCCGCAGCAGACGGUCAUCCAGGGCGUGAUGGACAGCGAGGCGUCCCUCGGCCUGCUGGACUCCUCGCCCCUGGGGGUGGAGAUCAAGCACGACAAGUCGGGCAUCCCCGACGAGGUGCUGCAGAGCCUGCUGGACCACUACUCCCAGAAGCCCGACGGCUCGCACGACGUGCCCUUCGACCUCGCCGACCAGCACGUGGACCUCCACCCGCCCUCCGGAACGCCCGAGCUGGGCCCGGACGAGGACUCGCCCAGCUCCUCGGGCGACAAGGCGGUCAUCAUGAACGAGUACUCCAAGUUCCUCCUGCAGGCGCUGGAGCGCACCAGUCACAGCAGCGCCUUCCCGCUGGGCCCCAGCGGGCCCUUCCCCAGCCUCGUCUCCAGCAGCUCCCACCCCGGCGGCUCGCUCUUCUCCGACAAGCAGGUCUACACUACGUCCCCCCUGGAGUGCGGCUUCAGCCAAUCCGUUACCUCAGCCCUGCCCAACUCCUUGCCAAAGUCCCACUUCGGGAUGCUGGUGGGCUCCUCCCAGCCCGGAUUCCACCUGAGCAGCCUGGAGCCCACCCACCAGCAGCUGACGCCCUCUCAGGAGCUCACCGACCAGAUCGAGAAGCAGCACUCCCCCGCCUACCAGAUGGCGCCCCAGGAGUUGGCCGGCCAGAAGGACCGUCAGCCCAAAAGCAGCGGCGCCUCCGGCUACCAGCUGUCCCCGCAGGACCUGGCCCAGCUGGACCCCUCCAAGGUCGUGGACAUCCGCUCUCCCUACCAGAUCGAGAACUUCGCCCAGGCCUUCGGGUCCCAGUUCAAGUCGGGCGGCCGAGUUCCCCUGGCGUACAGCACUGACUCUAGUGGAGAGGUUGACCACAGAAUAAGGACUCCAGUGUCAGAAUUCUCAGGGUAUACAAGUUUGUUAGCUGAUGUCAGUGAGCCAGUUAGUACAGGAUCCAAGACCCCGACAAGCCAAAGUUACAGGUGAGGUAAGAGGUUGCGGACCUGGUUGGAAGUUUUUUCCCCUACCCCCAUCCCCCCCCGUCUUCGUUGUUUCCUCAUGUAUUAUUAUUCUUAUGUUUUUUUAAAGCAAGGUUAACUUUUAAUUAUUACACUGCCGUUUAAUGUUUAUACAAUACCCUACCAAGAGAAGUCUUCACAGACUUUUUCAAAUGCAAUUUUUUUUAGUUAAAAAAAAAAAAAA